UCGUCAUAGUGCGCAGGCGCGGAGCUGUCAGUCAGUUAGAGUCUGCUGGAGAUAAUGGGGGGCAGCGAGAGCACCGGGAGGAAGGUGUCCUUCGGGAUGGAUGAGGAGGACAGGGUGCGGGUGCUGCGAGGAGUCAGGCUAACCGAUGACCUUGUCAGCCGAAUGAGGGAGACUUCCGCACAGAGCAAGGAACAGAACCUGCCACCUACACCGGACCGUCCACCGCCUCAGCAGUCCUCCCUUCCAAGGGGCGGACCUGUGCCCUCUGCGUCAGAUCACCGAACCAAAACCGACGGUACUCGGGGUCCAUCUGCUGCAGGAAGCAAACAGAUGCCUACGUAUGCAGAGGAUGAACUCUACAGGAGAUAUGAGAGGGAACAGGCCAUCAUCCAAGAAGAGCUCGCCCGAAUCGCCAAAAGAGAGCACGAGGCAACGCAUGAGAGUUACAGCUCAGCCAUCCUGCGGGAGAAGAAUUACACCAACCAGGAGCGCCGGAGAGUUGAGGUGCUGCCUGCGGAUUUGGAUGAAUGGGCCAAAGAAUUAAACAGGAAAGAGGAGGAGCUUAAAAAACUGGACAGUUUCCACAAGGAGCAGCUGGCCAGCAUAGAAAAUAAGAAUCUGGAAAUUUACAAACUGACAGCAGAGCAAUUCCACACAGCGGCAACCAACGCCGAGCUCCGAGUGAAGAAGCGAAGUUAUGACCCGGUGUGCCAGAACCUCCAGUCCAACAUUCUGAAAUGUUACUCAGAAAACCAGCAGGAGCUGCUCAACUGUAGUGACCUUGCCAAGGAGUAUCAGAACUGUGUAAGGGAGGCGCAGAAGAAUCUUCUAUUCAAUCACGGCUAAUCCAGCCAACGUCAACACAGAAGAAGGUGGAGGAGGACCAUAUCGACUGGAGAUUCAUCAUGGGGAAAACGAAGGGUUUACAUUGUCUGAUUUCGGAUAUAGGGUUAUGACACUUUUGCUAUAAUAGAAAAUCCUGCCAAAAAAUGCUUUGAGCCAACAUAGGAGGCGGCCAUUAUGUUAUCCAAAUUUAAAUCCCGCCCCCCAGGGCAAUAGUAACAGCCAGGAGG